AUACAGAAAGGGUGCUAAAUAUGUCGUGGCUUGGAUGAACGGUUCUAAUAAUGUCCUCUAACUGAGCCAGAGGCUCCCACCACCCAACCCCCCUGCAACCCAAACGUGAGGCUAUCUAGACCUCUUCUUUCCUUGUUCUCGAGGGACGAUGCUGAGCUGAUUGGUGGUGGAAAUCCAAGCUUCCUGCGCGCAGCACAGCGCACAGCCUACGCUUCGAGCCCGGUUGGCUGCUGCGCAGAUCCAGUGAGCUCAGCCCAGCUGGUGCGUUCAGAGGAGACGUGUCCCUCAACACGAUCUCAGACGCUCGAAGUGAGCGCGUAAAAGCGCGAGGGGGGUUAUGCAUGAUGCCAUGUGACGAGCUAGAACCGACACACGGCGCUGGAGUGAGCGCCCAGAGAGCCGCGGACAGCCAGCGCGACGAGACACGAGCGACGGCGCCGAGCACCGAGAGAAGGAUGCCCUGAGGGAGCUACCUGCGUUCGGCACAGACUGAUCUGAAAGGCAGCAAGAAAUGGGGGUUUUGCUGUUCUUGCUCUUUACGCUGCUUGGAGACGACACCAGGCCCGUGAGCCUGGGCGCGCUGGUCCAGGCUCAGUCCAAUGAGCGCCGGGUCUUGGCACACAUCCCUGGAGACAUCAUCAUCGGGGCGCUGUUCUCGGUGCAUCACCAGCCGCCGGCCGACAAAGUCCACGAGCGAAAAUGUGGGGCGGUUCGCGAGCAAUACGGCAUCCAACGCGUGGAGGCCAUGAUGCACACGCUGGACCGCAUCAACGCUGACCCCGACAUCCUGCCCAACAUUACGCUGGGCUGCGAAAUCCGCGACUCCUGCUGGCACUCCGCCGUGGCUCUAGAGCAAAGCAUCGAAUUCAUACGCGACACGCUGGUCUCCGCCGAGGAGGAGGAGAGCAUGUCCAAGUGUGCAGCCGAUGGCGGAGGGAUGCCAAUGAGAGGGAAAAAGCCCAUAGUGGGUCUCAUUGGGCCUGGCUCCAGUUCGGUGGCCAUCCAGGUCCAGAACCUUCUCCAACUCUUCAACAUCCCUCAGAUCGCCUACUCAGCCACCAGCAUGGACCUCAGCGACAAGUCCCUGUAUAAGUACUUCAUGAGGGUGGUGCCUUCGGACGCUCAGCAGGCCAGAGCCAUGGUGGACAUUGUUAAAAGAUACAACUGGACCUACGUCUCGGCCAUUCACACUGAAGGAAACUAUGGUGAGAGUGGAAUGGAAGCCUUCAAAGACAUGGCAGCUAAAGAAGGCAUCUGCAUUGCGCAUUCAGAUAAAAUCUACAGCAAUGCUGGGGAACAGAGCUUCGACCGGCUGCUGGAGAAGCUGCGCAGCCACCUGCCCAAAGCUCGUGUGGUGGCGUGCUUCUGCGAGGGCAUGACCGUGCGAGGCAUCCUCAUGGCCAUGAGACGGCGCCGUCUGGUGGGCGAGUUCCUUUUGGUGGGCAGCGACGGCUGGGCUGACCGCUAUGAUGUAACAGACGGCUACCAGAGAGAAGCGGCUGGCGGCAUCACCAUCAAACUACAGUCUGCCUACGUGACCUGGUUCGAUGACUACUACUUAAACCUGCAGCCAGACACAAAUCAGCGUAACCCCUGGUUCCCUGAGUUCUGGCAGCACCGCUUCCAGUGCCGCCUCAAAGGCCACCCACAAGAGAACCCCAAAUACAACCGCACCUGCACCAAAAAGGAGUCUCUCCGGCUGCACUACGCUCAGGACACUAAGAUGGGCUUCGUCAUCAAUGCCAUCUACAGCAUGGCCUACGGCCUGCACGCCAUGCAGAAAUCACUGUGCCCUGGCUAUAAGGGCCUGUGCGAGGCCAUGAGACCCAUCGACGGCCGCAAGCUCCUAGAGUUCCUCAUGAGGACCAACUUCACUGGUGUAUCCGGAGAGGUGGUGCUGUUUGAUGAGAACGGGGACUCUCCUGGGAGAUAUGAGAUCAUGAACUUUAAACAGAUGAGUGAGGAAGACUACAGCUACAUCCAUGUGGGCAGUUGGGAUAACAGAGGGCUGAAGAUGGACGAUGAGGAGAUUUGGGCCAACAGCAGCGCCAUCAUCCACUCCGUCUGCAGUGACCCCUGUGAGAAAGCUCAGAUUAAGGUCAUCCGGAAAGGUGAGGUGAGCUGCUGCUGGACCUGCACUCCUUGCAAAGAGAACGAGUAUGUGUUUGACGAGUACACGUGCCGAGCCUGUGAGUUAGGAUCCUGGCCAACCGACGAUCUCACAGGGUGUGAACCCAUCCCGGUGCAUUAUCUACAGUGGGGGGACCCUGAGCCCAUCGCUGCUGUGGUGUUUGCUUGCCUUGGCCUACUGGCCACCAUCUUCGUGAUGCUGAUCUUCGUGAGGUUCCAUGAUACGCCUGUGGUGAAGUCUUCCAGUAGGGAGCUUUGCUUCAUCAUCCUGGCUGGUAUCUGCCUGGGCUACCUCUGCACCUUCUGCCUCAUCGCCAAGCCCCAUGUGGUGUACUGCUACCUGCAGAGACUGGGCAUCGGCCUCUCCCCUGCCAUGAGCUACUCUGCUCUGGUCACCAAGACCAACCGCAUUGCCCGGAUCCUGGCUGGCAGCAAGAAGAAGAUCUGUACCAAGAAGCCUCGUUUCAUGAGUGCCUGUGCCCAGUUGGUGAUAGCUUUCAUCCUCAUCUUCCUCCAGCUGGCCAUCAUCGUGGCGCUUUUCAUCAUGGAGCCGCCUCAGGUGAUCUACGAUUACCCGUCCAUCCGUGAGGUACACCUUAUCUGCAACACCACCACACUGGGGGUCGUGGCACCACUGGGCUACAACGGGUUGCUCAUCCUCAGCUGUACCUUCUACGCGUUCAAGACCCGAAAUGUUCCCGCCAACUUCAAUGAAGCCAAGUACAUCGCCUUCACCAUGUACACCACCUGCAUCAUCUGGCUGGCCUUUGUGCCCAUCUACUUCGGCUCCAACUACAAGAUCAUCACCAUGUGCUUUUCGGUCAGUCUCAGUGCCACCACGGCUUUGUGCUGCAUGUUUGCACCAAAGGUCUACAUCAUGCUGGCCAAACCAGAGCGCAAUGUGCGUAGCGCCUUCACCACCUCCACAGUAGUGAGGAUGCAUGUGGGUGAUGGCAAGUCCGCCUCAGCUGCUAGCCGCUCCAGCAGCUUGGCUAACCUGUGGAGACGCCGUGGCUCGGGAACAGACAAUGUCAGCUCUAAUGGCAAAACGGUUACCUGGGCACAAAACGAGAGAGGCUAUCGGCCGAACCUGUGGAAGCGCAUUUCCAUUCACAUCAAGAAAAAGGAGGAGAGCAACCAGACGGCAAUCAUCAAGCCCUUCUCCAAAGGCUGCGAUGCACCUCCCGACACAGGGGUCAAGCUGUCCUAUGACAGGCCUCAGAGUGCCCAGCGUUACCCUGUGACCUAUCGCCCCCGCACACCUUCUCCCCUGCCCACCGUGUGCCAGCGAGGGUCCAUACAGCGCUGCUGUGAGGACGAGGAAGCUGUUAGAGAACAGAAGAGAGAGGAAUCUGUCAGAGAGCGGCCACCACCAGUUGUAGCUUUGCCUUCAUACCUGACAGAAAGGUCCCAGCGAGCCGGACCUCAACAGACUUCCAUCAUGGACCAAAUCACCAGCGUGGUCAACCGCUUCACGGCCAACAUCAGCGAGCUCAACAGCAUGAUGCUGCCAGCCAGCCCGCCUCCAGGCACGUCCAUCAAUGUCCCCGGUCCCAGCUCUCCCACCUUCAGGCUGCUCUCACGGGACAUCCCUCAGCUUUCCACCACAGUGACCACCUAUGCAGAAGUGGUGGCUGCGGCCAAUGCCACCCCACGCUCUGCUGUGGGCAUCACUGGAGGCAUAAUCACUGGUGGGAGUAGCCGGGCAUCCCCUGCUAGUCUCUCCGACAGCAUCUAUGACUCUUCAUCUGCAGUCAGGACCACAGAGCUGGAGGAGCUGGCUGCACUCACGCCUCCAUCCCCAUUCAGGGACUCCUCAGUGGGCUCGGCCAGCGACUCCCCCACUUCACCAGACUCUGAGCUGGCUCUGUGCCAGCCCUGCUCCCCAAAGUAUGACCGACUGAUGCUGCGCAAUUACAGCCAGAGCUCUUCCUCGCUGUAAAAACCUCACUUUUCACAGGAUUCCGAGUGAAUCGCAUGCCGCCAAAACGACUCUGGCCCUCCCCUUAAACAAAUGGGAGGCUGAGGGCAUUUUGAACACUAGUCUGAAGUUUCUUUUGAAUCAGAUUCAAUUUUACACUGUUCCAAAGUCUGUUUGGAUCCGAACACUGCUGCAGAACUCGUGAGAACUUGGACAAUUCUGACAGAAGGAUCAGGGAUAAAACAAAGCAAGAGGGAACGCUGCAGGGAAUUAGUUGUGUGAGUAGUCGCAUUUGAGUCUGAACUCCAAAUGUGAGCGAGUCUGGCUUCCUCACAAGAAGGAAUGGAUGGCAUUUGGAAUUUGUCCUGUCCUCAUUGAUGAGAGUGUAUAAGUGGAAAUACAGAGCUUCAAAAAAUUUACAUAGAUGAUUAAAAGUGCUCCUCAUCGACUCCUGAAUGAAGCGCACCAGACAAGACUAAGGUUGAGGGCUUUUAGCUCACAGACGCCUCUGCAUAACUGUGCAAGGAAAAUCAUGGUGUGAAGCAACUGGGGGCAUUCAGUGGAACUUUGGAUUCGGAUGAUAUCCUGUGCUUGCCAUAUAGCCAGUGAUUCCAACGAUGUCAAACAAUUUGUAAGACAACGAUUCACAUGAAAUAAUGGAGGCAUUUCUCUAUUUGUUACUUGUAUGUAAAGCUGUUCUGUGGCUACAAAACUUGCACAGUCAUCUACAUACCACAGUGGCGAACAUCAAACGUAGAUAUUUAGUUAGUAAAGGUAGUGUGGGACCAAACUACUUUCAGUGAGAAUGCUUUGUUAUUUUGCAAGCGGCACUAUUUCACGACAGAUACCACUAAAAACAACAGAUCUAGUUGUUUAAGGGCAAAAACACACUUUCUGUAAGUAUGUGAAUGCAAGCUACAAAGUUUUAUGUGCAUUCUAAUAUAUGUCAAAAAAGCAAGUACAAUCUGCAUUGCGAGUGUUACAAGAGGUACUAUUGCAACAGCAAGGCCUGGCCGAACCGUUAAUGUGCUUUCUCCAGUCAACUCUGAAGCCGAGGUUACACUACACAACUUAUACCCCAAUCGGGGGCAGUCACGGGCAGUUGUGGGCUGGAGGUUAGGGAACCAGCCAUGUGACCGGAAGGUUGCCAGUUCGAUCCCUUAAGCCAACAGGUGCCCUUGAACAAGACACCCAACUCCCAACUGCUCCCCAGGCGCUGUGGAUAGGGCUGCCCACCACUCUGAACAAGUGUGCUCACUGCCCCCUACUGUGUGUGUAUGUGGUGUUUCACUGCAUGGAGGGUUUAGAUAGUGGAAGUGAAAUUUCCACAUUGUGGGACUAAUAAGGGUCACCUAAUCUUAAUUCAUUUUAGCUCCAAUUCUCAGUCUGGCUUAUCUUUGAGUCAGUCAGAGUCGGCAGUUGGAGAGAGAAUCGAGUCGUGUUUGAGCAGCGCAGACUCCGAUUUUUGGCCUCCCAAUCACGCUUCAGACCUGUCAGAGUUUAUCAAACAGGUUUGGUUUUUUGACCCGACUCUGAGGGCAAUCUAGUGUAAACUGGUCAGUGACUUAAUCUGAAUGGAUUCCUGCAACAGCCAAUGAAAAUAGAGAGCGCGAAAGAAGAAAAUACAGCAAGCAAGCAAGGAAAAUGGCAAAAAGUCACUCACACGUGGAGCGAAGCUUUUUAAUGAGCUGAGCUCUGUUUGGACACUUAACUGUUGAGCUGCUGCUUCGUUUAGUGUGUGAGACGCCCAGUCUUUUAUAAACUGUUCAGACGUUAAAAGUCGCGUAGUGAAACUAAGGCUUUAGCAGACAAGCAAUUAGAUGAGCCUCUUGCAGGAAUUACUUGCAUGCAUCAUCACCUCUUCACGCUGGUUAAACAGGUAACACAGUUCACACCACUCUACUGUCGAACAACAGUCAGUCCUCUAUCGCCCCCUUGAGCAGGGUUUUAAAUGCCACUGUAAUGUAUUGGGUUUGAGCAGAAAGGCUGUGUUUUCCUUUUUUAUGUUCUUUGCAUUCACAUACUUGCCUUGAGUAUAUUUCCAGCUUAAAACUUCAACAUUUCUGUAAAUGAAUCUAUUGAAGCAAUGAAGUCUCACAUUUGAAUGUAAAUUACAUGCAGUACUCUGCAAAAGUUAGACACCACCCAUUUCCAGCCAACGACUAGAUUAAGUACAAGUUAUUCAUUUAUUCAGUACUUGAAAUUUCAAGCUUUGCUCUUGUUUCAAAUCUAAAAAAAAAUCCACAGAUGUUUAUGUCCAUUCUUCCACUGUGACACGACUCGGCACUAUGGCUCUGAAAGGACGUGUAGCUGUCUAGUGAGAAAAUGAAAUACUAAAGAGAAGAAGACUUUAAAUCAGGACAUCUGAGAUGUGAAGAAAGCACAUAUUUUAUGGACACACAUUGGUCUAAAUUUGUAAUUUGAUUACUUGGAUGGUGAGAAGUAUUAAAUACAACCAAAGACUGAAGUGUGGAGGUGUGGAAACAUAUCCCCACAGAUUUUUUUGCUGGGGGUCUCCAGAAAGAGUGGAAGCUGUAAUAAAGGUAAAAGGUGGACAUCUUAAACGGGGAAAAAUGCUAUAUUUGGUUUUUGAGGUGUGAUUUUCUGAUAAAUACGGUGUUCAUGCAGAGAAAAUGAAUAACUUGUACUUGUAGUUGAUGGAAAUGAAAUAACUGAAAGGGUACUCUGACUUUUGCGUGGUACUGUAGCUACUUGUGUUGCCUGUACUAUGUUUCCAUAGUAGUGAAGAAUGAAGAAUAUUUUCAUACUUUAUUGUCCCUCUGCUUAUAUGAUAGAGGAUUUGUCUAUACUGAAAAUAUACACAUAACACUAUGACCACCACCUUGUUUCUACACUCACCGUCCACUUUAUCAGCUCCUCUUACUGUAUAGCUGCGCUUUGUAGUUCUACAGUUACAGACUGUAGUCCAU